UCAUUUUGUUUUCUCCGUCCACCCUCCCAUAUUCCCUUGAUAGAUCCCUUUUCCACUCCUUUCUUGCUUUUUUCAUUUUAUAUACUGAGUACAGGUCAUUUCACUGCUCAAUUGCUUCUUUGGGUCUUUGUUCCCGGGAUCCUGCGUGUGGACCUCUGACGUCGCGACAAUGCACAACAGGUGAAUCAACUAUACAGACACAGACUUUGCACAACAGACGAGCUAACCCGCAUCACACCAGUCCAAAACACCUUCCAAACAGCCUCGUAAUCGCAAACCCCCCCACAUACGGCCCAAAACGACCCCUAGCCCGCCACCUCAUCGCCCUCCUAGAAGAAUGGCACCGGCAACACCCCACCCCACCGCCAUGCAAAUACAAAUACAGACCAGAAAACCCCAGACCAAUGCCCUUCAAGGUAUUCGGUCGCGACGGGGCCGAAUUACAACUUGCGUGCUACAAUAUUGUCUCCCCGCAGCGCUACUGGGUCCUCGUUCUGUGUGCGCAGGGUCAACCAGAUAAAAUUGUUGCGUGUUCGAGUUCACGGGCGCGCCUCAAGACUUUUCUGGUGGGUUGGGCGGGGUGUGAGAAGGGGUAUGAGGAGAGAUGUUGUGCGGUUAGGAAGUUUGAGUCGUCCUUGGAGGAUGUGUGGUUUUCGGAGGAGUUGUGGGAGGAUGAACCUGAGGAUGUUGAGCCGUUGAGGCUCAAUUCGGGGUCCAGGGUUAAUGGCUCCAAAGAGAAGACGCAGAAGAAGCGCAAAUCGAUCAAUUCGGCUUCUCGUCGACCGGCCCCGGCUCCAGCACGGAACAAUCUGUCGGAUGAAGAGGAGUCAUCCGCGGAGGAGUCGUCCCCCGCAGUCCUAAACCAUACCUCAUCGUCGAACAGGCUAGCCGUCAAAGCCCUGCCCGAGUUCGGACCCCAGCGACCACUCGCCAGACACCUCGUCGAGCUUCUAGAAGAAUGGCACAGAAAGAAUCGCUCUGGAUACCCACCCUGCAGAUACCAAGGGUACCAUCUUAACAGACCGCGUUCCUUCGAAUCCAAGAUCUUCGCCCGCGAUGGCACUGAGGUGGAACUCGCCUGCUACACAAUAACGACCCCGCGUAGCUACUGCAUCCUCGUGCUGUGCCCCUCAAACAGUCCGCAUAAAAUCGUGGGUUGUUCUAGCCAGCGGACUAAGAACAUGACGUUUCUGGUAGGCUGGGCUGGGUGUGAUGAGGGCUAUGAGUCGAGAUGCUGCGCGGUUAGGGUGUUUGGCUUGACGUUGGACAGUGUUAAAUAUUCGCCCGGCCUGUGGGAUGACGAGCCUAGUGUUGCUGCUAUGUCGAAUGCGCCCAAGGUAUAUCACACGAAACGGAGGUCGACCGGUUCGGCUGUCCGUCGUGCGUCCCCGUCUCCUAGCAGUUCAUCGGAUGAAGAGGAAUCCGCCACAGAUGAGCCGUCUGAGAAUGAGUCGUCUGAAGAAGAGGCACCUAGAUCGAAGCGGCGGAGGUAUCAUAACCAUCCUGAUAACCACCCUAACCAUGAUAACGAAAACAACGAAAACAACAAUAACAAAAACCAAAGCAUAAACACAACAUCUUCCACCAAGGAAACGCAUGUGAUUUUCAAAUUAAUCUCAGACUUUGCAGACGCAACCCGCUCGUUUCCGUCCGAUGAAUGCGCGACUGGGAGGCACCUGUUUGCCAAAGCAAAAGAGUUCUUUCGGCUUUUCGACCCGGAUUCAGAAGUGAAGGUCUUGUCUUGCCGCAUCCCUGCUCGUCAUGAACGUCCAUAUCUGUUCGAGGGCAAGGAAGGCGAGUUCAGGCUGUUGCUUGAGGACUUGAAGGGAUCAACUACUGGUGCCGUUAAUAAUACCUUGACUGUUGAGAUCAAGUGUGUGGCUUAGACUA